GUCUGUUAAUUUGAAAGAUUUGUUUGUCUUAUUUGAUAGGAAAAUUCUAGCCACUGAUUCCAAUAUUUGCCAGUUUUUUAUUUUUAUAUUUUUUAUUUUAUUUUAUUUUUGCGACAGGGCGGUGUUUCAAAUGAGAAGUUCUGAGCCCAUCUUGGACUAUAUGUCCUCCAAUGCUUGGCACUUCUUUCAGCCAGCAUAAGCUAUAAAGAUUCCACCUGUCAUUUGAUGGUGUUGGAACUGUCACAAAUAUCUUCAUAUUGUGGUUUAACAUAUAUGAGUCUUUUAACUGCUUUCGAUGUUGAGACUGUGGUUGGCUUUGUUUUUGGAGAAGAUAAAGAUGCCCAUAUGAGUUGUUUGUCUCAUGUCAAACAUGGUGCUUCUCUUUCAGUGGUAUGGGGGCUUGUCUCUGAGGAGGUUGCUCAUGCCACUAAAGAGAGUUCGGUUGCUAUCAAGGAUGACCUUCACAAUAACCAGACCAAACGAUGGCAAGCAAUAGGAACAUUAAAACAUUUCAUAUAGGUCAAAAAUGGUAUGGAAAGUGAAGAGGAAGCAUGCUAGAGUGAGGAAUCAUGAAGAAAAAUGGAAGCUUAAAGUUCAUACACCUAUGCGUACGCAUACACCCAGCAUGCGUACGCAACCUGAAGUCCAUAUGUGUCUGCGUACGCAUACACUCACCUAUGCGUGCGUAUACUGGGAAAAAAAUGUGCCUCAUUAAUGAGAACACGUUAUCAGCGAUUUUAGGGCUUUCCAAGCCCAAUCCAACUUAUUUCUGAAACUAUUUCAUGCCAAAUUGAAGAAGGAUGAAAGGGGGAGCAAUUAGGGAUAGAUAGAAACAUGUUUUAAGGUAGUUUUCUAGAGAGAGAAGCUCCCUCUUUUCUCUAGAAUUAGGGUUCUUAGGUUAAUUUUCUCUUUAAUUUCACUCUUUAAUUCUUGUUCUCGUAUAGUUUCAUUUAUAUUUCCAUGCUCUAGUAGUUUAAUUCUCUUAGUUUCUC